UACGCGCUGCUUAAAGGAUGCGUGUGCUUUAUUUCUAAAAGGAGGUGUGGUUGAAAGUUGAAAGUGGUGAGUCAAAUUUAAGAAUUGUGAUUAGAGUAACUUUGCGUAAGAUAAAAGUGAAAAACGAUCGAAACAGAAAAGAAAAAUGCUCGGCCGGCUUCCUGCAUGUGUAAUCGACGUAGGCACGGGGUAUACAAAAUUGGGUUUUGCAUUCAAUAAAGAACCUCAACUUAUGAUACCAUCUGCUAUUGCAAUUAAAGAAACAGCAAAAGUUGGAGAUAAUAAUGCUAGAAGAGUUACUAAAGGAGUUGAAGAUUUAGAUGCAUACAUCGGAGAUGAAGCUUUUGAAGCUACUGGAUAUUCUGUAAAAUAUCCAGUUAGGCACGGACUAGUGGAAGACUGGGAUUUAAUGGAAAAGUUUCUGCAACAAUGUAUCUUUAAGUAUUUAAGGGCAGAACCUGAAGAUCAUUAUUUUUUACUUACGGAGCCGCCAUUAAACACUCCUGAAAAUCGUGAAUACACAGCAGAAAUAAUGUUCGAAUCAUUUAAUGUACCAGGUCUUUACAUCGCUGUACAAGCAGUAUUAGCAUUAGCUGCAUCUUGGACAGCUAAGAGCGUAGAAAAUAGAACGCUAACUGGUGUUGUUGUCGACAGUGGAGAUGGAGUGACUCAUGUAAUUCCUGUUGCAGAAGGUUUCGUUAUUGGAAGCUGUAUAAAACAUAUUCCUAUUGCUGGACGUGACAUUACAUAUUUUAUACAAAGUUUGUUAAGAGAGCGUGAAAUAGGAAUACCACCUGAGCAAUCUUUAGAAACAGCUAAGGCAAUAAAAGAAAAAUAUUGUUACAUAUGUCCUGACAUUUCAAAAGAAUUUGCUAAAUAUGAUAGUGACCCUACCAAAAUAAAAAAAUAUGAAGGUAUUAAUAGCAUUACAAAGCAGCCUUUUGUAGUGGAUGUUGGAUACGAAAGGUUUCUGGGACCCGAGAUAUUUUUUCAUCCUGAAUUCUCUAAUCCAGAUUUCACAACCCCGCUAAGUGAAAUCGUGGACGAUGUAAUACAGAAUUGUCCGAUAGAUGUAAGAAGACCUUUGUACAGUAACAUUGUAUUAUCGGGUGGUUCUACAAUGUUCAAAGAUUUCGGUAGACGGUUACAACGUGAUAUAAAACGAAUCGUCGAUGCACGUUUGAAGCUUAGCGAAACGUUAAGUGGAAGUCACAUCACGCCAAAACCUAUAGAUGUUCAUGUUAUAUCGCAUCAUAAACAGCGUUGCGCAGUAUGGUAUGGUGGUGCUUUAUUAGCAAGCGAUCCUGAAUUUUACACAGUUUGUCAUACCAAAAAAGCUUAUCAAGAGUAUGGUCCUGGUAUUUGCCGUUACAAUCCCGUAUUUCAUAGUAUGGUAUAAGUUAAGUGGAAAUACAAGUGGCAUUGGAAAAAAAAAUAAUCUUACCAUGGACCAAUGGUGAAAAUGUAACGUAAUUUACGGGUCCGUCAGUAAUUUAUUCAAUUUUUAACUUCGUUUUAUUUGCAAUGACAACAUACUUGGAAAGAUGAUACGGGUGUUUUUUACACUGUAACUGCAAAUUGGCAUAAGUACAAAAAAAACACCCACUAUUAUAUUAAUAAACGCACACGGAAAUGUUUUCAUGCUCAUUACAGAAAUAUGUAAUAUUUAUGUAAAUACACAUUUACAUUUAAUAAAAAUACAGGGAAAAAUCACUCAAUAAAAAAUUAAAAUAUGUACUUUGUUAGGAAUGGUAAGAAUAUAAUAUAAAGCAAUUGUAUAGACCUGUACAUAAAAUACGUUUACUUAAAAAUAAUAAUUCUUUUGUUUACUAAAUCACAUUCACGAAAUAUUUUAUAUCAUCCUGCAUAAUAUUAGUUCACGGCCAAAACUCGCACGAUAAUAAGUAAUUUUGCUUAUAUAAUUCUUUCAACAAUAUAAUUUAUUUAUUACUGUUUAUAUACAAUAUCCCUUUCACUUAUUUACAACAUUUAAAGACUGAAUACACGAUGAUAUUUUCACAGAAAUUCAUAAAAAUUAUAACAAAAACUGUAAGAUUGUACAAAUAACGGGAUGCACAAUCUCGUGUAUAGAAUACAAUCGAAAUAUACUAAAUUUUGAAUACACAGGCAACUCUAUUACAAUAAUAAUAGCAGUAAUAAUAAAAAAUAACCGUAAUUUUACAUGAUUCAUGAUUAAAUAGUACAUGUGUACGUAUAUGUGUGUAUAUAUAUAUAUAUGUGUGUGUAUAUAUUACCUGACACAAAAUAUUUGUAAAUGUAUCUUCACAAAAGUAACUCUAAUAUUUUAAAAAUGUGUUUAUAAGUAUCAUUUCCAUUCUUCCAUUUAAAUAUAAAAUUUAUAUACUUCAUUUCUUUACAGUGUAAUCAGCAAUAGAUCUUACGCUUGUUCAUUGUUAUCGUAA